CUCAAAAUCCAUUUCAAAAACGCCACCUGUUCAAUACGUCGGAAAGAGCUGCUGAUGAUGAAAAAGCUGUUGUUUAAUACGCAUUUUUGCCGGUUACUACAUCCCAGUUUUUCCGAGCUGUUGUCUUCCUAUAUCAGCUGUGCCAGCUUCUGCUCAAGAUGGCCGGUGUGCAACCUCCGUUGCGCCGCACCGUGGCGGUUCCUAGUGCCACUAGUAUGAUAAAAAGCUGCUCGUCCUCCAGCUCUUGGUCUUGCGCUCCGGUUCCCGGACCGCCACCUCGUCUGUUGUCGACCAGCUCUAGGGCUGCAGAAACACACACCUUGGGUUCUCGUAGCACUAGCAGCCGUUCUUACUCCUGCAGUAGUACCACUACAUCCGGGAUAAUGAGUUAUCACCGGGCGGCAGCAGCGGAGGUAAGAACUGGUGAUUGUACUUCCACGAGCUCUUCCUCAACAGCGACGGCGCGGGCGAUGAUUUUUUUCAAGAAACCGCUCUUGACCGCGACAGCACCAGGAAGCGGCUGUGCUUUAUUUUCGCCAUCUACAGCUUCUGCAGCAUCCGCGUCCACCGUCGGUCGACAUGCAUCUCGGGAAACUACUUUUCCUUUAAACCUGAGCAGCACGUGGCGACAAAAACGUUUCUUCAGUGUGGAGGAGUUUUGGCGCGGCGGGCUUGGUAUGAGCUGCAAAAGUAUCGUACUCGUAUAAAUGCAUUGCAAAUCUCCUCAGCAAAAAUGAAAUUUGUAAUGCUGAUUUACCUUCAGAACAAGAUUUGUAAUGCAUGAUUGCAAGACGUCGAGUACGAUACUUUUGCACAGGAUACUUGGGGACCCGGAGACCGACUUCAAUCAGAAGGCGGAAAUGUCGGAGUCCGGCGACCCUUGGCCCGCGUGUUUGCUGCGGCUGAAGUCGUUAUGACAUUGCACAACCCCCCCUCGCUCUCCUUGGUAUGGCAUGAGCAGCAAUAGAGACAGGGGCACCGAUGUAGCGUUUGCAUCACAAGUCCAGGCGCGGAGUGUAGUACUGUCUGAGUGCUCCAGGUUGUUAUGCAAGGCAGCGCUUCAGGGCAAGAGCUCGAGUUGGAGUUUUGCAUUACAAGUGAGGGGACGGGGGGGGGGCUGUGCACUCUCAUAGUCGUUUGAGGAUUUGCACAAGCUCUGGUAUGUUUGCUUGAAGGAAAAGAAUUUCCUUCUUGGCGAGCGCCAAUUCGUCCGCCAAGCCUCGAACACGCCGAACAUGUGGAGGAACCACGGACGGUUGAAGAAAGUGAAACUCACCAUGAAGCGGAUUACCAAAUUGGAGUGCGUCUGGGUCUAGACUGUUGCAACAACUUGUGAUGCUGCCUACUUUGGAUUCUAAAAAGACCUGUAUUUUUGCACGUCCAGCAAGAUGAGACGUCCGGUUUGUGCUACGUGGAGAGAAAAUUUCUCAUGCAGACUAGGGAUCAGAAAGCCCUCGCAUAAUCUAUGAUGCUAGGGCAUGCAUCACAGACGUCAUGGGUCAUGCCAAACGUGCAUGACAAACGUAGGGGAUUUCAAGGUGCCAAACGUGCAUGACAAACGCAAGCGUUGCAUUCUUCCAGACCCAGACAACAUAUUUGCAUUUGAUACGGAUUCUCACCGUGUUAUCCCGGCGGGAGAUCCACGAACAGGCGUUGCGUGCGAAGGAGAUCCGCGGCAAUCAGGUGGUGCGGGAGCAGCUGGAAACGCGCCGGUUCCACUUGGAGGAGGAGCAGAAGCUGCUGGAGGCGAAGAUCAAGCGGAUGGGCAACGACGAAAGCGUAACCCACUAAAAAAAGCAGGCAGGUCAUAUUUGUAAUGCACAAAUAAAUACACAGGAAAAUCUGUCAUGGGCGAGGCCAUAGCAUGCUGCUUAGGGCAUGAAAUACAGAUUUUUUUGUCUAUUUAUUUUUGCAUUACAAAUAUGACCUGCCGGCUUUUUUCUGGGGGAUAGAGCGUCAGCAAGCAGGCCUGGCGAGCCACGAUCGAGAAAAAUGAGCAGGAGCUGGAGGAAUUGCACGUAUCUAUAGAGCUGGAUGCGCAACACACGUUGUUUCUCUCAAUGUAAAGUUAAAGUACUUAGGAGUGGUCAGGGUGGGACAUGCUAAAACAGUACUAAACACAAAAACACUACAGGAGCGGUUGGUGCCGCUGCGCAAAGCGACGAUGGCGCUGUUGAUCCCGGAUUGGCGCUACAGUCGCAAGUACACCGACUACCAACUGCAAAUAUGUCUGGGUCUGAAAGGUUGCAAGAUCUGUCAUGCAGAAUUCGUAUGGCCCUGAAGGUUUGGAAUGCGAGGUGGAGCAUCGUAAGUUUCAGGAAGGUGGUUCCGGAAUGCCUAUGCUGCAUGAGAAAUGCCAUUUUAUUCGGGCGCCCGAGAGUGGGUGGCCUUUGCUGCUGCUCAGGAAGACAAACCUUUGCGUCACCCAGUCCUAGCAUGACAAACUCGGACUCGUCCAGACCCAAACACAUUUGCAGCGCAUAUCGAUUUGCCCGGGACGAUAACCUGGAAAAAGCAAUGGAUCCGUGCCUUGGACGAGUCCAGGAAGCUGCCCUUUCGGUUUUACUGACUGCGUAGAAGAUUUGUAUCUUCCGUUGUUGUGGCGUUUUUUUUCCAACGUCUUGGCAAAAAUCACAGAACGACAGAGGCAAAGCAGAAAUGGUGAUAGCUAUUGUCAUCGGCUCGCGUUAGACGUGGGUGCAAGAAUCAUGCCCAUGCGAUUCGUGGCAUCAAAUGUCUUUUUGCUCUUUUUUCCUCCGUCCCCGCCGACCAAAUGAAAAAGAAAAUCGCGGGAAAGAGGAAGGUUGUAGCUUAAUCCGGUUCUUGUUUGAAAGGUGACACAGAUCAUCAUUGGUCCUCCAAAUUUUGCUCGUCCAAGGAAAUAAGUACUUAAGUAUCUAAAAAAUGUUGUUUUUAUGCUCAGAGAUCACGUUUUCACCUGCCCUACUUGCUCCCACCGAU